ACAGGUUAUAAUCUCCAGCUAUGGGGCCCAUCAGUUAGAACGUCCAUCCUAAAAUUAUGAAGAUUCUAGUCAGAGAACUUGAUAAGGUAGUGCUAUUCAAACUUUUUAUGUAUUUGUAGUUUUUUUUUUUUUAUUUUUUUUUAUAAAAAAGUUUUAAAUAGUAGUUCUUCUCAAAACUAGUUAUUUAUAUGAUAAUUCUUUGCAAAAUUUCCUUAAUUGAAUGAGCAAAUAACCCCAGAUGUACAGUUCACUCGGGUUUACAUAAUAGGUUCUUUGAUCGCACAGAAAACGUGCGGUUAAGAUUAAUCUAAUUUGCUCCGUAAAUUAUUAGAUUAAUGUUUUAAAAUUGUAUAAAGAUGUUUUCAAAAAAAAAAAAAAAAUUGUAUUAAGAUUAAAACGCGGGUAAAUGAAUUGCAAACGACUACACUAAUCACAUUCAGUUUUUGAUAAUCACGAUUCACGUCCAUUAAAAAGGCGGGAAAAAGAAGAAGAGAGAGAAAGUAUCGUGUUCUUCGCCUUCUUCAAGGUUUCAACCAAGAACAACAAUGGCGAACUCCAGAACUCCGAUAAUCCAAAUCCCAGAAGAAGAAGAAGACAUAGAAUUCCUAUGUCAACUGGAUGCAGCGGAAGCUCAAGCCCUCUUACUCUCCUCCUACUCCAAACGCCGCCGCAUCGCCGUCGAUACAACACCGAAAUCGGAAAAUCCGAAACCAUUAUUCGGUGAAGUAAUCGAAGAAGAAGGAGCUUACACUGCUGCUCUCAAAGGAAGCAAGAGUCUCACAUGGCAGAAACACCAGCAGAUUAGCCGAGCCACUCAGUCGACUGUUACAACCACCGUAGGCGGCGGCGGAGGUGGCGUAGGCGGCGGAGGAGGCGGAGGUGGUGGUGCUUGUUUCAAGUGUGGAGUGGAAGGUCACUGGGCUAGGGAUUGUCCUCAAACGACGUCGUUUGGGGUGAAUUAUGGGUCGGUUGCUCCGUCGUCAAUGGCGGUGGUGGGGGUUGAGAAGGCGUGUCCUUGUGGGAUGGGGAGUUGCUUGGUUCUUACUGCUAAUACGGAGCGUAAUCGCGGUCGGAAGUUCUUUCGUUGCCCUAAUCGUCAGGAGAAUGGUGGCUGUGGGUUUUUUGAGUGGUGUGAUGAAACAUCUGAAAAAAUUGCUUCUCCUGAAGCAGAUAAGGCUUGGAAGAAUGGAGGGCAGCAGCAAUUCUACCAGCGCCCUACUAACCAGCCGAACCAGGCAGCUUCUGGGUUUACAAGAUCAUGGAACGACUUUGAUAGAGGAACUGCUCCAAACACCAGCUAUGGUCAGAAGUUCGAAGCCACCGACAACAAAAGCUAUGGCGUGAAAAGUGGUUCGUCCUGCUUUAAAUGUGGCCAGGAAGGGCACUGGGCAAAAGAUUGCCCUACUACUACAUCCAACGUAGCUGCUGGUGCAAUAGAAAACCAGAAGUUCGAAGCCACUGACAACAGAAGCUAUGGCAUGAAAAGUGGUUCGUCCUGCUUUAAAUGCAGCCAGGAAGGGCACUGGGCAAAAGAUUGCCCUACAACUACAUCAAAUGUGGCUGCUGGUGCGAUAGGAAACCAAUCAUCUGGUACUUGUUACAAGUGUGGCCAGGCUGGACAUUGGGCAAGAGAUUGCUCCCAGUCCCAGGGCCAGUCUACUAAGCUCCACAGUUGGUGAAAUCUUGUUAUGUGUCAAACCUUUUUUUGUUCUCCCUUACCAACAUCUGUUUCUGGUUGUUUCGAUUGUGUAUAAGGCUUGUUAUGGUGUUUGUCACUUUGUUGCCAAUGCUGAUAUACAUGCGACUAUUUUACUACUGGGACUGGUGUUGUAAACUCAUGCAUGUGAAUUGUGAUGCCUACCUUAAGCAGUUUAUAUUUCUUACAGCAGUGAUGAAUUAGCUAUGAAAUCUUCGCCACUCAUUCAUGCUCGGAUAGCAUAAUGGAAGUAAAAUUCAGUCUCUGUCUUUAACAAAAGCAAAGCAUACU